CUCCUCCUCUCUCCGUCCGUUCCACUCUCGUCUCAGCUCGCGUCACCUAGCUCACCUCCCGAUCGCGGGCCCGGCGCCACCAAACCCUAACCCUAGACGCGCCGCCGAUGGCCGCCGAAGGCAGCGCCGGCGCCUUCGAGGACGACGCGGAGCCGACGAUCACCAUCGGGGAGUACAUCGAGGGGAUCGAGGCCGAGGAGCUGGAGGCGGACUUGGUGCUGGGCGGGGACGACGGCAAGGAGUGCACCUACGGCGGCGGGUACCUCAAGCGCCAGGCCGUCUUCUCCUGCCUCACCUGCGUGCCCGCCGGCGUCGGGGGUGUCUGCACCGCCUGCAGCCUCGCCUGCCACGACGGCCAUGAGGUUGUUGAACUAUGGACAAAGCGAAAGUUUCGUUGUGACUGUGGCAACUCAAAGUUUGGAAGUCAUGUUUGCAAACUUUGCCCUGAGAAAGAUCCUGAGAAUCCAGCGAAUUCUUAUAACCAUAACUUCAAAGGUUCCUAUUGCACAUGUGGUAGGCCCUAUCCUGAUCCAGAAGCCGAAAAGCAAGAUGAAAUGAUACAAUGUUGUAUUUGUGAGGACUGGUUUCAUGAGGAUCAUAUUGGUCUUAACUCCAUCGAAGAGAUACCACGAGAUGAGGAAGGGGAGCCACUCUAUGAGGAUUUCAUAUGCCCCAAAUGCUCACCUCAGUGCUAUUUCUUGAAACUAUAUCCAGAUACUAUUUGGGCCUCUAAUAAGCACAACUCUGCACCAAAAGCUGGGACUACCGAUUCGGCUGCAAUGAAAGGAGGUUCAAUCCAUGGUGACACUGAGAAGAGUGAAAAUGGUGUUCUUAUAAAUCAUCUGAAUGGUGAAAAGACAUCUGACAAUGAUAAUUGUCCAACAGAUAGUGCAGCUCCAGAAAAGGCCUGUUUGGAUGGUAGUUCUGAUGGAAUAUGUAAACUAGGAAUGAACAUAAGUACAAAUACACCAUCAGCUGAUUCAGAGAAAAAUGUGCCCUUUUUUAUGUCGAAAGGCUGGAGAGAGGUUAUGUGUAGAUGUGAAAAUUGCACCAACCUAUAUGCACAACAAGGUGUUGCAUAUCUUACAGAUAAGGAAGACUCUAUUGAGGAAUAUGAGAAGGUUGCUAAGCAGAAAAGGGAAAAGAAGUUGGAGCAGCAGGAAGGAGCUGAAGAAAACUUUCUUAAUUCACUUGACCAUGUACAGAAGAUAGAGAUUUUGAGUGGCAUCAAUGACAUGAAGAAUGAGUUUCAGUCUUUUCUGGAAUCUUUUGAUUCAUCAAAACCGGUGACAUCUGAAGAUAUACGAGCUGUUUUUGAGAAUCUUGCUAAGAAGAAAAAGCAGAGGUUGUCAUGAAAUUCAGCCGCUUCAGGCUCUGCUUGAGACUAAUAUAUCCCUCUGCCAGACGAUUGAGCAGUUUUCUGGCCACUGUGCUGGCGUUAGUUUAUGGUUAACUAUGUCAUGGCUAUGAUGCCUUGUUACCUAGGUUCUACUGGACCUCUAAUGUAAGUUAUCGGAGGUAGUAAUGCGGAAUGCUCUGAACUCAUCUUGUGGUAGAUGCUCCAGUUUAGCAGAACAAAAAUAUUUGCUCCUCUGUAUCAAAACUUAGCCAUGUGGUAACUCAGGUUACCCAAAAACCUUGUAAUCCUUCGUGCCGCACUUUGAAUCAUAUGCUGCAUUCCGUGCUAUUUUUCUUUUUGAAAGGUCACCGGAGGGGAGAGUCUCCCCAUCUGAAGUUUCAUCGAAGCAAAGUUUUUGCCUGUGAAGGCAGUGCAAACAAAAAGGAAAACAGCACUAAUGGGGGCAUAGUUUAGAGCGGAAGAAAACUCAUUCUCCCAGAUAGUAAUAAUGUUUAUACCCUCUUGCUUUGUUGGGAUUUCUCUUUCGCCCAGGAGCCAAGCGAAGAAUUGCACCUUUAGCGGGGCACUGUUCCUCCAGAUGAAAUUCCAGUUGGGGCAUUCUGUGCCCUUGAUGCUUGUAUCUACAGCAAGGGAAGAAACUUGAAAUGGCUGCAUCUUUUUGAACGACUGCUGUUGUGUAGAAGCAUUUUUAGCAUGGAUUUGGAGGGCUAUCCUAUCACAAUUCACACAUGGUCACAUUUGAGCAGCGAAAAACGGGGAGAACGCCCAAAUACGGGCCUGGUGAUGAUGCCAUAGGAUCCGAUUUGGGUGCACCUCGAAUCUGUUCAUAACAACUCUUGCCAGCGAUGGCGAUGCCCCAGCUGCCAUUCUUGUCCAUGGCAGCAGCUGCCAAGCAAGCUGCUAGGGUUGCAAAUCGGACGAGACCAAUGGGACAGAUAGAACCAAGAUGGUCCCCUUGCCUUGACACUGUGAGUUUUUAGUUGCUCCAAACUCCAUCAACCAUGGAUGACUCCUGCUACUACAAUGGCCAAAAAUCAAGCGAAAAUGUUCUGAGAAGAAUCGUACUUUUGAGCUACUAGGAGAAAAUCUGAAGUUCCGGCCUCUGUAUCAAAGGAAGGAUUCAAACGAAUAUUGAUUAUCCGAAUCGACAAUGCAAGGUGACAUAUCUUGAAACUAAAAUUCUGAGACAAGGCUUCACAGUGAACACACUUAUCACUAGUACAGUGCUCCUGAACAUCCAUGAAGAUUGCUGUUGGGUUUUUAUGUCAGUUGCAUGAUUGAGAAUGUGACUAUGUGAGAAGAAAUGUGUGCUUCCCUGAAAACGAAACCUCCUCUUGCCUUGUCCUGCUGCUGCAAUGGCGCUGAUACUGAUAUCUUCUCGUUUUGUCUCAUUCAAUGGCAGCAUGAACCCUGCACACCACUCUGGGUGGCUAGUGGCUACUGUACUAUAUAAUUCCCUUAAGUGGCAACAUGUCCAUGAUUCAAGAAU